UCAUCCGAACAAAUUCGAUUAACUAUUUUGAAGAGAAAUGUAUAUGGUAUGAUGCUAGCAAAAUUGGACGAAUUUGAAACGCUAACACCGUUAAUGAUCACACCUGAAUCGAUAAGUGAAACUGAACCGAAACCGUCAUUUUACAUAGUUCCAUCGUCUUCGGAUAGCCCACCGCCACCUAGAAGGCCGAAUUCAGGAAAAACGCUUAUUUUUCCACUGAAUGCAAGACGCCCGCCACCAGUGACUUUGUUGGGAACACCUGACAGCAGAUUAACAUCAUUUGAAAAUGGUACAACGAAAAGCUGUGCAACAAUUCCCGAAGAUGACGAAAACGUACAAUCAUUGACAAAUGAUAUCGAUUUGAUUUCGAUUGAUAGGGUUAGAAUAUUGAAAAAAAGAGCCAAAAAAGUUUUGCUUUCAAUUCAUCACAUGGAUUUAUUUCAGCUCGCUGUGCCUACAUAUGGUCCACCAUCACCACCCGCUGAAUUAUCUCAACCAAUAUCUCUUGUACGCUUACCUAAAAAUGGUUAA